UGACAUCAAACAUGGCGGAUGAUGGAGAGUCGCUGGAGUCCUGGCUCAACAAAGCCACUAACCCUUCCAACAGAGAGGAAGACUGGGAGUAUAUAAUGGGAUUCUGUGACAAAAUCAAUAAGGAGCUAGAAGGCCCUCAAAUAUCCGUUAGACUGUUGGCUCACAAGAUUCAGUCCCCACAGGAAUGGGAGGCGAUACAAGCAUUAAUGGUCCUUGAGGCUUGUAUGAAGAACUGUGGGCAAAGGUUUCACAGUGAAGUUGGGAAAUUUAGGUUUUUAAAUGAAUUAAUUAAGGUGGUUUCACCCAAAUAUCUAGGAGACAAAGUGUCGGAAAAGGUGAAGUCCAAAGUUAUUGAGGUGCUCUACAGUUGGACUGUGUCUCUACCAGAUGAAACAAAGAUCUGUGAAGCAUAUCAGAUGCUGAAGUCUCAGGGUAUCGUCUUGGUUAACCCAGAAAUUCCUCUUGAUGUUGCAUUAGUACCAUCACCCUCUCCAAGAACCAAGAAUCCUGUGUUUGAUGAUGAGAAGAGAAGUAAGAGGUUAGCAGAGCUACUCAAGAGCAAAAAGCCUGAAGAUCUGCAAGAGGCCAAUCGGCUCAUCAAGAACAUGGUCAAGGAGGAUGAAGUGAGAACACAGAAAGUGAGAAAACAAAAAAGCACACUGGAGGCAGUCAACAACAGUGUCAAACUCCUCAAUGAGAUGCUUGCUCACUUCAGCCCAGAUGACUCCACUGACAGUGACAAAGAGCUUAUCGGGGAGCUGUAUAAUGAUUGUGACAAACUUCGACAGACAGUAGCCCAGCUUGCUACUGAGUCUGAGGACAAUGACAGCAGCUUGGGGGACAUCCUGCAGGCCAGUGAUGACCUCUCCCAUGUCAUUAAUUCCUAUAAGAAGAUUGUGAAAGGACAGAACAUCAAUGGAGAGACCGAAGCAGCACAACAAACAUCAGGCAAACAAGGCUCCGGCAGCACAAACCAGUCAGAGAUUUUGAUUGAUCUGGUGGGUUUGGGUUUACAGAGCCCCUCUACACCAGAGAAUCAGCCUCUGGCAUCUUCUGUGGCAUUUCCUACUGAUCUGUUGUCUGGGUCUGCUGCUGCUGAAGCUCAGUCCCCGAGCCCCAGUGCAAUCUCUGGAGCCCUCUCUCUACUGGAUGAAGAGCUAUUAUUCUUAGGCCUCAAUGAUCCUGUGGAGAAUACAGCACAUGCACAGCAGAGCAAGUCUCUGUCAUCCUUUCAGGAUCCCAGUCAGGAUCUUUUUGACACUUCUCUGCCUUCGGGUCCCACAUCUACAUAUUCACUUUGUCCAGAUGCCCUCUCUUCAAGUGUAGCCCCAUUUAGCCCCAACAAGUCCUCUUCAGCUGCCUCUGCUUUAAGCUUCUCUAAGCCAGUGUUGCAGACAUCUCCAGUUUUUACAGAAUCUUUUGCAACAACAUCAGUCAUGUUUCUACAGCCACUCACCUCAGGCCAGACUCUUCUUCCCCAGUCACUCAGCAUGACAUUACCUCCUCCCUCAGCGAUGCACGUCUCCACUUCACUGACAGCCCCUCAUUCGCUUUCAUCCUCAGUCAGUGAAAUUCUACAGGAUCUUUCCUUGCUGGAUCUCAGCAGUCCAAAAAAUGCAGCUGGUGUGUUGGACUUUGGUAGCCCACUGGUCAAGAGUGAGGAUUUGCACACUCCUGCUACCAUGUCUUUAAGUCCUGGUAUCUCCUCCACCACAUCCACCUCACUCCUUAUGGGACAGAUGCAAGGAAGCUCCAACCCCCCGUCAGUCAAGAGUCAGGAAGAUGACUGUCCUCUGCUACACUCUGAUUCUCCCAUGCACCCUGUGACCCAUGCCAGUCCAGGCAGCGGACAGGACAUGUCCCUGGCUAAUGUCUUUGUUCCUUUGGAUGCCAUUAGGCCAAGUAAUGUGUGUCCAGUGACAGCAUAUGACAAAAAUGGUGUCCGUGUUCUGCUGCAUUUUGCCAGUGAUUGUCCACCAGGCAGGCCUGAUGUAUUGGUGAUGGUGACGUCCAUGCUAAACACAGCCCCACAGCCUGUCAGAAGCAUUGUUCUACAGGCGGCUGUACCCAAGACAAUGAAAGUGAGACUGCAGCCACCCUCAGGGACAGAGCUGGCUCCUUUUAACCCAAUCCUUCCCCCAGCUGCCAUCACUCAGGUCAUAUUGCUUGCCAAUCCUCUCAAGGAGAAGGUCCGGAUGAGAUACAAACUGACGUUCACAUUGGGAGAGCAGCCACUCACAGAGGUUUGGGAGGUGAACGAGUUUCCCCCUGCUGACAGAUGGGGCGCUCUUUAGCCCCGUCUUCUCCUGUAUGACGACCAGACAACAAUACAGACAAUACAGAUCUGGUAUUAACAUCCAUCCUAAGUGACCCAAUGACAAGUAGACAGUGCUAAGUACAGGUCUGAACACACCAAAUGUGUCCCGAAUAUGACCUUGGAUCCUGCUGGUGGUUUAGGGACGCAUGUGGUCAAAUUCCAGAGCAUGCAUGAACGCAAAAAAUGUCUGCAGAACACAUUCAAGCUCUUCCUGGCUGCAGAUGCACAGUAUUAUUACACUUCUCAGGACUCAGUCAUUGAUGGACUUAUGUAUAGCCAUCACUGCAGGAUUAACACACUUGGUAACACAAAAAGGUGAUCAAAACAAUUUCUUUUUUAUAAUGGUUCAAAUCUUAUUUCAUGUUACAGAUGCCUAAGCAUCACACCUCCCAACUCUGUUUCUGUCUGUCACUCGCGCAAACACACACAUGCAGACCCACACUGACACACAAACACAUUAUCAACAUGAAAUGAAACAUCAUUUUGUUAGUGACAACAGCAAAUAUGUCAGCCUGCAGAUAGGAAAACCCAUCACAAUUGCUCACAGAUUUUUUUCAGAAUGAUUUUCAAUGCCAGGUUUGAACAGUUGUACUUAAUGCUGUCCACUUAAUGGAUCUCUGAUGAAUUUCAAUACCAGGUCUGCUCUGAAAUGGGCCUUCAAGACUCGCUCAUCAAAUCAGCUCAGAAGUCAAAUGAAAGUUAAAUUGGAAGGGUGUUUUUAAAUUGGACUUCAAUUAGGUUUUUUUUCUGUCUGAGCUUUUCUCACUGAACGAGCCAAAGUCCUGUAGCAUCCAUCUUACAAUCAAACUUAACUAUAAUGCCAGAGGAAGACGUGUAGUUCUGCAAUAACAAAUGGUAUUAACCAGGUGAACAUGCACAAUGGUUCGGCGUGAAAAUAUUGCCAAGCUAUUAUAAAGUUUGGUCACUAUAUACAAUAUACAUUUUUUGCUUUCAUUUUCCUGUUGAUGUGUUCUCCAGCCCCUCAGUCAUAUCACAUAGAAGAAGAAUAUUUGCACUGUUGGAUGCCAGACAGUCUUAACACAGAUCAAAAACACAUUGAAGGAGAUUAUUAAAACACCCUGCAUUGCCCAUGAUUUGCUGCUUCCACGAUGGCUCACAAUUACUACUGAAUACUUUGAGUUUUCUCCUGAGUUAUGUAUGAAGUCAAAGCUCCAGCUCUAUGUUUUCUGUUUGCUUUCAGUAUUUAUUGUAAUAAAUGUAAUAUUUAUUUUGGUUUGGGGAAGAAUAUAAAAGAUCUUACUGUAUGAUAUCGUGAUCGACAACAUUAUUCCUCCUGCAUACUCUUUCUCGUUUGCUACAUGAUGCAGUAAAAGUGGAAUCGACUUUGGAUAGUGUUUCGUCAUUAAUAGAUAAAAAUGUCUAUUGUCGUAGAUAAAAUGUCAGCCUUUCACCAGAGAUAUUAUUCUCAUUUUUCUUGGCAGACAUUGGCUUUUAAGUACCUCUGAUAUUUAUCCCAUUGGAGAUGGGAAGUACAUUGUUUAAAGUAAUUAAAAUGCAAUGUAUAGCUUUGCCUGUACUAUAAAUGUUUGUGUGAGGGUUUCCUAGCUACCUAUAUUAUUAUUAAUUUGAGUAUGCUUUGGUAAAAUACAUGAAUUGUAUGAAGUUGGUGGUGGUAAAUUUAAAGAUUUAGGCUUACUCUGCAUUCAUCUAACAUUGUGUGCUUUUUGUCUAAUUGGGGCUAUGAGUGCUAUAAAGGAAGUUCUCUUCAUAUUUCUUAUAAAAGUAUUUAUUUGUCAUAGAUUGUUAAAUGAACUUUUUGAAAAGCUAUUUCUGUGCAUGGGAAAAUAAAGAAAAAGAUGAGUCUAUUUGUA